AUGGAAUUUUUAUCCUAUAUUCGUGAGCAUGGACUCUUGCCCAUGCCGAUGUUAAAGACAUUAUGUGAGUGCGUUAAAGAGAUACUUAUUGAAGAGAACACAGUCCAGCCCGUGAGCAGUCCAGUAAAUAUUUGUGGAGAUAUUCAUGGCCAAUACAGCGACCUCCUGGAGUUAUUUAAGGUGGGAGGCGAAAUCCCCCAAAAUAGUUACAUUUUUAUGGGAGACUACGUUGACCGCGGAUAUGCCAGCUGUGAGACCUUUGAAUUGCUUUUAUGUUUGAAACUCUGUUAUCCCGACAAAAUCACACUUCUACGCGGAAAUCACGAGACGCGUGAGAUCACCCGCAUCUACGGAUUCUACUGCGAAAUUUCGCACAAGUACAAGAGCCCCGAUCCAUGGACAUGGUUUACCGAGGUCUUCGACUAUCUAGGCGUUGCAGCCCUCGUCGACAAUCGCAUCCUCUGCAUCCACGGUGGUCUUUCUCCCUCCAUCAACACAAUCGACCAAAUUCGAACCAUCCCGCGAACCGAAGAAAUCCCCUCUUCUGGCCCCUUCUCGGACUUGGUUUGGUCGGACCCGGACAAUGUGGAUCGGUUCCGUGAGUCUCCCCGCGGGGCAGGCUUCGUUUUUGGGGAGAGCGCGGUGAACCAGUUCACGGAAACGAACGGACUGGAGCUGAUCUGCCGCGCGCAUCAGAUGGUGCAGCAAGGAUUCCAGUAUAUGUUCUCGCGGUCGAACCUGGUGACGGUGUGGUCGGCGCCGAAUUACUGCUAUCGGUGCGAGAACGUGGCGUCGGUGCUGAUGCUGGACGAGAAUUUGAAUAGGACGUUUAAAGUCUUUAGGGAGAAUAAGGACGAGCAGGCAAAGGAGAGUCGAUCUGGUAACUUCGUGUUCUUUAGCUUUUAGUGAUAUAAGAAUAUU